AUGAAAGAUGCUAAGGCAUUAUAUCUAAUACAAAAUGCGGUCACGGAUAUAAUAUUUCCAAAAAUUUUAAGAGCCAACACGGCAAAGGAGGCUUGGGAGAUCCUGCAACAAGAAUUUCAGGGAGAUAGCAAGGUGAGAAGUAUCAAACUCCAGUCUCUAAGAAGAGAAUUUGAAAACUUAAAAAUGAAAGAAGGAGAAUUAAUGAAAGAUUAUUUUUCAAAGGUAAUAGAAAUAGUGAAUCAGAUGAAAUCAUAUGGAGAAGAAAUUUCAGAUGAGAAAAUUGUGAAGAAAAUUUUAUUAAGUUUAACGGAAAAAUAUGAUAACAUUGUUGCUAUUAUUGAAGAAACAAAAGAUAUAUCAAAAAUAACAGUAGAGCAACUUAUGGGAUCUUUGGAGUCCCAUGAACAAAGGAAAAAUAGGCAUAUUGAUGAAGAAAUAAUUGAGACAGCUCUUGCAGCAAAAUUUAAGAAAAUGCCCAAGAAAGAUUAUGGGGAUGAAGACGAAGAGAAAUCAGUGAAAGGUAUGAAUCAAAAACUAUCCUGCAAUAUUUGCAAAAAGACUAACCAUGAUACCGCAGACUGUUGGCAUAAAGGAAAGCCACAGUGUUGGCAGUGCAAAAAGUUUGGUCAUGUAGGAAAGAAUUGCAGGACCAAGAAAAACAAUGAAAUUGUCAAUUUUGACAAAGAAAAUGAAGAAGAAAAUUUAUUUUGA